AAAAACUUUAAUAAGAAACACAAAAAACUUUAUCAUAUUAUUUGUAAAUAUGACAGUGUCUCCAAGAAAAUCCUCGUUAACUCCAAAAACGAUGGCCGUUUUUAAAGAAGACAAAAAAGGAAUUCAAAAACCAGCUUCAUUUGAAGAAGCUAUCGAACUAACUGGAUUUGGAAUUUUCAACAUCCUUCUUAUGAUACUAAUAGUACCAUCUUUAUGGGCAAUACAUUUUGAGAGUUCUAUUAUGUCAUUUGUUUUUCCUGUGGCCCAGUGCGACCUAAAUUUGACCCUUCAACACAAGGGUAUACUGAACGCGACCCCAUACAUAGGUAUGAUGUUGAGCUGUUUUUUCUGGGGAAUUCUGUGUGACAAAUAUGGUAGAAGAAAAACCAUACUAGCAGCUUUUUUCACGUCAUUUUGUUUGACGUUGAUAAGCAGUAUUUCAAUGAAUUUUCCUAUGUUGGUGGUACUGAAAUUUUUAGGAGGGUUUAUAAGCAACGGUCCAGCCACUACCAUGCCUGCAUACAUAUGCGAAAUGCACUCUACAAGAUAUAGAUCCAAAAUGCAAAUUUUUAUCGGUAUGGUCUACUCCAUUGGUAAUAUUAGUAUACCAUUAAUGGCGUCAAUAAUUUUGCCCAUAAAGUUUCACCGAACAUUCUUUGACAACUUUAUAAUUUUGAACUCCUGGAACUUGUUCAUUUUGGCGUCUUCCCUAUCGAGCCUUAUAGCAGGUGUAGGCUUCAUUUUUAUGCCAGAAAGCCCGAAAUUCUACAUGUCAAAAGGUCAAAACGAAAAAGCCCUGAAAGUUUUUCGAACCAUGUUUAAACUGAACCACAGAAAUACAACAUAUCCGAUAACGCAGCUUGUGGACGAAAGAACAUUGAACAACAAUGAUAUGCAGGAUAAAGAGAAAAAUUGUAAAGAUAGCCACAAAAACAAUUUUUUAUUAUUGAUAAAAAAUCCCUAUUUGAAAAACUUGCUCAUAGUUUGUCUCAUGAAUAUAUGCAUUAUGCUAAGUGUAAACACUCUUCGUCUGUGGCUACCCCAAAUCUUCCAAGCCAUACACGAAAACGAAAUAAAAAAUAACGCAACAUCAUCAUCAAUUUGCGAUUUGCUUGAAAUUAUAAAACAAGCGUCCAAUGAAGAAAAUUUAUCAACAACUUGCAGUGUUAACAAUGAUAACAAUUUGGCUGUUUAUUUAAGAUCUAUGGUGAUAGGAAUGGUGGCUUUCGUUGGAUAUGUUUCUGCAAUGUUUAUAAUAAACAGAUUUGAAAAAAAGAAAAUUAUACUUACAUGUGGUCUAACCGCCGGAACGUUUGUAAUAUGUCUAUUUUUAUCUCCAAACACAGAAACAAUUUUGGCACUUUCAUCAUUGUCUCUAGCUCUAACCAAUUUAUGUGUAGACGUAAUUAUUACUAUAGUGGUGGUAAUUUUUCCCACAUCAAUAAGAGCAUCAGCUUUAUCAGUAAUCUCCAUAUUUGGAAAGUUUGGUUCCAUAACAGGGAAUUUAGUUUUUCCAUUCUUACUACAAACUGGUUGUAUACCUCCAUUUUUGUUGUUGGGCUGUUUACUAAUAGGGGCUGUCGUUUUAUCCACCAUUUUACCCAAUACAGACACAAAAAGUAUAACAUAAUUCGAUAUAAAUAAGUGUAAAUAUGUAACGGUGAUAUUUAUAAUAAUUAUUAUAAUUGUAGAAUACAAGUUUGAUUUUUAUUAUUAAAUAAAAAACAUGUUUAGGA